UGAAUAAUCAUUGAAGCACAAUUUUGAACUCAUUCUCAAAACAGCUAAUCAAGCUAGUCAAAUCUACCGGCGAAUGCGUUACUCAGCAAGAAAUUUAUAAAACUUUUCUGGAAAAAUCGUGAUUUAAAGUAAGAGAUGAGGAUGAAUAUAACAUCUGCGGCUGGUGUGCUGUCUAUGCUAGAUGAACCAGAACCCCAGCUUAAGGUUUUUGCUUUAGAGAAGCUGAACAAGAUUGUAGACCAGUUCUGGGCAGAAAUCUCAGAAUCCAUUGACAAGAUAGAGGUUCUUUAUGAAGAAUCCGGGUUCAAGCAAAGAGAUCUGGCAGCCCUUGUGGCUUCAAAAGUAUAUUAUCAUCUUGGAGCAUUUGAAGAAUCAUUAACAUAUGCCCUUGGUGCCGGCAACCUGUUUAAUGUAAAUGACACAUCAGAGUAUGUUGAGACCACUAUAGCCAAAUGUAUAGACCAUUAUACGAGAUUAAGGGUAGCCAAUGCUGAAAAUGCUGAAGCAGAACAAAAAAAUAUUGACAGUCGACUUGAAGUCAUUGUCAACAGAAUGUUCCAAAGAUGUUUUGAUGACAAACAAUUCAAACAGGCUGUAGGCAUUGCUCUAGAGACCAGAAGAAUAGAUAUCUUUGAAAAAGCCAUUCUAGAUAGUGAUGAUGUUAACUAUAUGUUGUCAUACAGUUUGAAAGUGACCAUGUCCCUUAUACAGAAUAGACAGUUCAGAAAUACAGUACUCAGUGUACUAACUAAACUCUAUAUGGGUCUUACUACACCAGACUUUAUCAGUGUCUGUCAGUGCUACAUAUUUUUGGAUGAUGCACAGUCAGUAGCAGAAGUGUUGGAAAAACUUGUGAAAGGAGAUGAAACAUCAGUACUUAUGGCAUAUCAGAUUGCGUUUGACAUGUAUGACAGUGCCACUCAACAGUUCUUGACUAGAGUACAGACCACCCUGCGUGCCACCGCCCCUGUACCUAUCACCAUUGAGAAAACCCCAGUACAGGAGACUACCCCUGUACAGGCCAGCUCUGAUGAUAAAGAUAAAGAUACAGACACUGCUGAAGGGACCUCGAUGGAAACAGAUGAAGGUAGCACACCAGCCCCAGCACCUGUGAAAGAUACCAAAGAAAAAACACUUACUGAAUCGGAGAAACAACUACAAGACCGGUUAACUAAACUAAUGAUCAUCCUCGGUGGAGACACAACCAUUGAUCUACAUCUACAGUUCUUAAUUAGAAACAAUAAAACUGAUCUACUUGUACUCAAAACCACAAAAGAAGCAGUUCGUAAUUCAGUAUGCCAUUCCUCUACUGUGGUAGCCAAUGCUUUCAUGCAUUGUGGCACAACCAGUGACCAGUUCUUAAGGGAUAAUCUUGAUUGGCUAGCUAGAGCAACAAACUGGGCUAAAUUCACGGCCACAGCAAGUCUUGGUGUUAUACACAAGGGACAUGAAAAGGAGGCAUUGAAUCUCAUGUCAACAUAUUUACCAAAAGACAGCAGCCCAGGAUCAGCUUACUCCGAGGGUGGUGGACUCUAUGCUUUAGGUUUGAUUCAUGCCAAUCAUGGUGGUAACAUUACAGAUUAUCUUCUAAACCAAGUCAAAGAAGCCACAUCUGAUAUGGUGCGUCAUGGAGGAUGCUUAGGUCUCGGUCUUGCGGCCAUGGGUACAGCCAGACAAGAUAUUUAUGAACAACUGAAGUUUAACCUAUAUCAAGAUGAUGCUGUGACAGGAGAAGCAGCUGGUCUUGCUAUGGGUUUAGUGAUGGUUGGUACAAAAUCUGCACAAGCCAUUGAAGACAUGGUUGCUUAUGCCCAGGAGACCCAGCAUGAGAAGAUUUUACGAGGUCUAGCUAUAGGUAUAUCUCUGACUAUGUAUGGAAGAAUGGAGGAGGCUGAUGCUCUUGUUGAAAGUUUAUGUCGAGACAAAGACCCAAUAUUACGCUGGUCUGGAAUGUACACCAUUGGAAUGGCAUACUGUGGGUCGGGAAACAAUCAGGCUAUCAGAAAACUUCUUCAUGUUGCAGUUAGUGAUGUCAAUGAUGAUGUAAGAAGAGUAGCAGUGACCUCACUAGGAUUUCUUCUGUUCAGGUAAGUCUCUAGUCUAUGACAGUCUAGUUUUUAUUUUCAGCUGACUGGAUCAGAGCAUUUAGUGUG